CGGAUCUCAAUCAGGGCAAACGUAGCAAGUUCGAACUUCGUCAUGUGCACCGACGAGGUGGCGGCGACCUGCGGCGGGCUCAUUGCGGCCGCGGACGAGAAUGCGUGCUCGAGCCCUGUCGUGCUGCACCUGCAGGACAACGUGACAGCGUCCGACAUCGACGUCUUCUGCAAGGACCCAGCGUGCCUCACGCUGCUCGACCGCUACGCGCAGAUCGGGCUCCAAUGUCGCGGCUGCGGCCUCCCGGCGCUCGCGACCAUCGACCAGUUUGAGCGCUGGCCGCAGUUCACCAAGAUCUGCGCGCCCAACUGCAAGCGCCAGUUCAAGGCGUUCGCUCGCCACUUUUACUCGUGCUACGAGUACGACUCGGCCGAGUGGGGCACGCCGACGAGCGACACGUGCGCGUCGUGCAAGAGCCUCAACACGACGAUUCGCCAGACCGCGUUCGCCAACGACUGCGGCGGCAACGUCACGACCAUGUACACCUUUCUGCAGCUCAUGACGUCGCGCACCAAGGCCAACGACUCGCGUGACACGUCGCUCCUAUUUCGCACCUGCGAGAAGUUGUAUGCGCCGCCGCCGCCGACCACAACGCCGACGCUCACCCUCGGCGCGACCGACUCGACUCUCGUCGUCGUGGCUGGUGCUAUAUUCGGAGUCCUCCUCACGAUCGGCCUCUUUGUGCGCUGGCACCGGCGUCCGUCCCCGCCCAUGCCACUUCUACUCGACGAUGCUUCGCAAGAGACCGACUCGCCGACCUCGGAUCUCGAGUCGUCCACCCUCGAGUUUGCAUCGCUACGCGACUCGACGCUCGAGCUGCUGCCGGCCGACACGAUGGCGCAGCUGCUGGCGCUCUCCGUGCACGGCCACGUCACGUGGCAGCGCUCGAUCGCUAAAGGCGCCAACGGCCAAGUCUUUCUCGGGACCUACAAAGGCCAAAAGGUGGCCAUCAAAGCGCUCCUGCCCGAGCGCUGCGACGUGCCGACGGACCUGUACGCGAUGGUCGACGAGAUUCUUAUGCUCUCCAGACUGCACCAUGGCCACAUCAUCGAGCUCAUCGGUGUCUCGUUCACCGUACCGAACCACGCACUCUGCUUCCUCAUCGAGUACAUGGACAAAGGCGACCUGCGCGAUCUGCUCGUGCAAAGCACGCCGGCCACGUACCCACUUGCCAGCAAAGUGGACGCGGCGCUGAGCGUGGCCAAAGCACUAUUGUAUCUGCACAACCUCAAGAUCAUCCACCGCGACCUCAAGUCCCGCAACGUCCUCCUGGACGCGGUCAAGGGCGCCAAGCUCGGCGACUUUGGCGUCGCGCGGCUCGCGUCCAGCCACGACACGAUGACGGUCGGCGUUGGCACGUACCGCUGGAUGGCGCCCGAGGUGCUGAGCGAGAACCAGUACACGGUCGCCGCCGACGUCUAUUCGUUCGGCAUGGUGCUCUCCGAGAUGGUGACGCAUCGCAUUCCGUACGCCGACAUCAAGUCCCGGACCGGCCAGCCCCUCGUCGACACGGCCAUCAUCAGCCUCGUCGUCAGCGGCGCGAUCACGCCGACGCUGCCACCCGACUGCGCUCCAUGGCUCGCCGAGCUGAUUCUGCGCUGCAUCGCCACGGACGCGCACCAGCGCCCGACGGCGAGAGACCUCGUAUCGGUGCUGCAGCGGUAUGCAACGAGCGAUGCGUGAACGCAGGGACACGAUCUAUUUAUGACGUCAGCGAAUCGACAUGCUUCAAUGAACAACCCACGUACUACUCUGUCAAGUCUUUUUGGUCGGGCCAGUACCCGUAGAAAACAUACCGUAGCUGGUCGG